ACAAGCCCAGGCUAAGGAACCUGCUCAGUCCAGCCUCCCCACCAGCCACAGAUCUGCUGACUGAACAUGCUCCAGAGUCUGGUCUCCCCAGGUCCGCUCAGCAACAUCCUGGCAGCAGCAACAGACUCAUCUGGCCCCCCAGCUUCUCCAGAUGUUCCCCAGCCCCCUCGGAAGACCCCCUUUAACAUUGACGCCAUUCUCUCCAAGCCAGAGCCCCAGAAGGAAGGCGCGGCCUCUGCCAGAUGGUCCUCCAAGUUGCCUCUGGAGUGGCACAGCUGGAUUUACCCAGCCACCUACUCCAUUGGCCUCAUGACUCACCCAGCCAUGUACCUGGCUAAGCCGGGCUAUGGGGUCGUGCACCAGCAGCUGCAGUACAGAUUGCAGAGGGGCUGCCUGUUCUCUUAUCCCAGCUGUAAGCAAGACAGUCUGGAAUUGUCUGGUUGCGUAGGAGCUGUCUCGCUGGGCCCUCCUGUUCCUUGGAGAUCCAGGGGGCCCUGUAAGAUGAAGAGGGUCCGCACAGUCUUCAAACCGGAGCAGCUGGAGCGGCUGGAGCAGGAAUUCCUCAAACAGCAAUACAUGGUGGGCACGGAGAGGGUGGAUCUGGCAGCCACCCUGCACCUCACAGAGACCCAGGUGAAAGUCUGGUUCCAGAACCGGAGGAUCAAAUGGAGAAAGCAGAGCCUGGAGCAGAAGAAAGCGAAGCUGUCACAGUUUGGAGAAAUGCAGCCUGUUCCUACAGACUCGAUGGACCUCGAGAACAACGAGGAAGACACGGUGGACGUGGAGGUCUAAAUGGCUUGAGAAUUCCCUGCUGCAGACGUUGCUCUUGCGAUGGAACUAGCGGGGGUUUACAGCUAUGCCCAAGGAGAAGACUGACCCAUGAAGCUACCAGGGAGUUAAGCAGCUGCUCCAUACAUGCGCUUCUCCAGCCAGAUAAAUAGAUCAAGCUCUUUAUCUGAAUGCUGAGGAUACCGGACUGACCUGGCGCUGUCUAGGAUGAGUCCAUGAUGUGUAACACCCACUGUCUGGCAACCUCAUACUAGACACCCGGGGCCUGCUGCUCAUCAGGUCAGUUGCGCAUGGGCAGCUUCCAGAUAACCCACACGUCUUUCUUUUCUCUGUUGAAAUGCCAGAAAGCACGGUCCCUUUCCAGCAGAAAGACUGGGGUUAAAUUUAGAGAUGGGGGGGGCAGUCCUCGAGUUCCGAUCCAGACAUCAGUGAUGUAAACGCAGUGCUGUUGUGGUUUAUCAGCCCCCUGGUGGUGCUGAGCUACCAGGUAGGGUAGCCCUGGCAGGGAGGGUGAUAAGAGAAUCAGACUAAUGAUUUUUUCCCCAAGUAGCCUCCCUAGUUAAUUUUAUUUCCAUGUCAGGUUUGCAGUUCAGAUCUGCACAAAAAGUGCUCCACUAAAAUUUGCAAUAAAGUAAACGGGAUCUGACCAAACUAAGGAGAAAAAAGCCCAGCGGGCCAUAAUUGAGGGCUUGAUACUGCCACAAGCACAAUUGUCAUGGAUUUCAAUGGGAGCUCUGUGAAGAGCAUGAUGCUGCUGUCCCUAUAUACUGACCCCGAUUCUGAACUUAUUUACACCGAUCCUCCACCGAUGUAACUCCAUUAUCUGCCAUGGAGUUAGUCCUGAUUCAUAGAGGCAUGAGAGGAGACUCAAAUCCUUGCAGUUCCAUGUAAGACAGCAGGAUCAGGCUGUAAAGAUAAACAUUUGCAGCCCAAGGGGUAGUUUUCUGAAAGCUGUAAGUGCCUAGGGCUUAGAAUGAAAGUGCCUCCAGGCAGCCCUCCUGCAGCGCUACAAUAAGGAUUUGUACAUUUUUGCCUCUCUCCUGGCCUGCAAAGCCCAGAUCAAAGACCUCAGUCCACCCGUACGCACAUAUUGCAUUACCUUUACCAUGCAGAGAGGCACUCAAGUGGCAAAAUCUGGGCCUAGCUUUCAGUUACCUCUCUCCAUCGGGCAGCGUUUGGAUCUGGGAUUUUGCCUUGGCCCAUUAUACAAAUUUUGCUUUGGAUUUCAAACACCAUCUUUAUACCAAGCAUGGUAUUACCCCCCACCCCAGCAAUGCACACACACUCGUUAGGACUCCAGCUGUAGUUGCUAUGUUGUGUUUUCUAUCUCUGCAUUGUGUACCGCGUGUCAGAGGAAACAGCAUCUGGUGGUUUUGCCCAGUAUCUCAGAAUAGAGCCAGCGAUUGUAUUUUUAACAGGAGAGCAAACUGGGUUUGUGACCGUUGAGGACAGGUGAGGCUCAAUCCCUCUUGUACCUCAUUGUAUCAGGUGUGCUUUGAGUUCACAUUGCCAGCUGCUAAGGGCGCUCUUCGCACCCAAAAGCUCAGGAUAAUUUAUUGUGCCUCUUUUUGAACCAGAACGUUGUAAAUAA